AUGAAAAAAGCCAAGUCAAAGUCUUUUGUAAUUCAGGAAGGAAGAAAUACACCAUUCAUCCCCAAUAAUGACACUACCACCACUGCUGCUGAUGUUGUUAAUCAUAAUAUGGGGACUUCCAAUGAUUAUCAACUCAAUAGCUCUACUUCUAUAAAAAAACCAUCAGAUUUACUUUUAGGUGUAGCCCAAGAAGUAUAUAUCAGGGAUGCUUUUGCUUUAUUAAUUGUUUUUUUAAGUUUUAACCAAAUUGCCUCAUUAGUGCUACUAAUUUCCUUUAUUGUUGCCACUAGAUCUAGAAGAUUUUUAGCCGAUUGUCUGGUAUUUUUAUUUGUACCUAAGGAAACUACUAGAACUACUAGCAUAGACUGUAUCAACAAUAAUGCAAAUACUAAUGUCACUAGCUAUAAAAAUAAAUUUAAAGCUGUAUAUUUUAAAUCAUGGCUUUUGAUAUUGGAGUCCACUCUAGCGUUACUACUUCGAAGGUACGAAAAUUUAGUUGUUCCAUUGGAAAAUUUAGCUCUAUCAAUUGUAGCAUCUUCUUUAAUUAAUCAGCCUCGAGACUGCCUGAGCGUAGCGACCUCAUGUUCAAUUUUAUAUGGCGUAUCGUUUAAUUUACUCAAAAAAUUACGUUCCACAUUUGGUUUUUGGCAACAACAGCACGACCAACCUCUGUUAGAAAGUAUUCUAUCUUCUGCAACUUUUAAUACCAAUGGUAAUUCUAAUAUCAACAAUAUCAAUAUCCUUACUAAGAACGACAACAUUUAUAGUAGUAAUCAGAACAAUAAUCACAAUAAUAACAACAACAACAAUAAUAAAAACAACGCUUUUAAUUUACGUUUAUUAUUCUCAAGUUUUAAGAUUAAAAUAAUGAAUGGCCCAUUUUGUAAAACCAAUACCCUCAAUGCUACCACUUCAUUAUGCUGGAAAACAUUUUUUUCUGGUAUUUGUUCCCAUUUUUCUACUUUAUUGCCCAUUUUAAUAUAUUUUGCAUCAUUCCAUAUAGUUUUUUAUCAAUUCUAUACUAGUUUGGAGGUUGAAUCUAGAUACCAGCACGAUGCCACUCACAAAGUUAAAAAGAAAGGUAUGUGUGAUACAACGGCAGAUGAAGGGUUACCGAACAAUAAUAGUACUGUUGCUAGUGGCAACCUCAUGAAUAGAAAAGUAUCUGAAACAAUACAGAAUAACAGCAAUAUCGGUUGUAAUUCCAGUGAUAAAUCAUUUGGUCCAAAUAAUACCGAAAAUGCAUCAACGCAACACAUUACUACAACCUCUAGUCCAUCUACGACCACCAAAAACACAAACUUUAUUUCUUCAACUACCCCUGCUAAUGCUAAAGUGUUUUCUCAGUUAAGUCCUACAACUUCAAAUAUUAACCUAGUUUCGUUAAAUAGUGUAAAUACUGAUGAGGGGAACAUUUCCAUUGUGGCAAAUACAAAUAACUAUAAUACAUGCAACUCUUUGGCGACAUCACAAGCUAAUUUGAAUAACGGUUUUGAUAAUAAUUUUACUGCCAGCAAUAGUAAUAUUGGUCCCAUUCAUAACAAUAAUGUCAACAAUAGUAUCAAUGGAAAUAAUAUUUCUUUUUCCAGUAUAAACAGCACUGUAUUUGCUGUUCAUAAUUUAAGUAACAUUAUGGCCACUGGUGGUACCACCACCACUAAUAAUAAUAAUAACAACAACAAUGACCAUAUUAAUACUUUUAGUGGAAAAAGGGACAGCAAGGACUAUAAUGACAAGAAUAGCACCGAGUUUGCAAAUACCGGGACUAACAAUAAUAAUAAUAUUUUGACAAAUAAUUCAACUGAUCCACAUGAACAAUCGUUACAUCCUUUUAACUCGAAUAAUGUUAUUGAAAUUGCUUCAUUUACCAAUAUUGUUGAGAAAUCCUUUGUACAAUCAUUGAAAAUCAGAACACCCGUUGAAUACAAUUCGCAAACAAUUGUAUCUGAACCAACUAUGAAUUGUGGGAAUAGCCGUUUUUCAGAGACAUUACAAUUGCCACCAGUAUCUCAAGGUUCAUCUUCUUUAUCACCAACUUCCACAUUUGCUAAAACUGCCAGCGGUGCUAGUGGGAAUCCACUGUCAAAUGUUUCGCCUUUUAUUACGGCUGCAUCUUCAUCCACAAGUAAUAACAACAAUAGUGAUAAUAAUAACAAUAAUUUUGUUGGUGUAAUACCUUUUGUCCCUAUGUCUCAUAACAACUCUUCUUCUUCUAUUACAUCUGUGACCUCUCGUGGCAACUUUCCAGAGCAACAACCACAAACACAACAAUUACCACAAUAUACAAAUAAUUAUUAUCAAAUUUAUUUAAACAUGGAUUUUUUAUCUAAAUCUCAACCAACUGAUUUGAAGGAACUUAUGGGAAUUCAGAAUAUGAAGACUUUUAUUUAUUCAAUGUUUAAAUAUAAUAUUAAUAAUAGUAUCCCACCGUUAUGGUGUUCGUUUGUCACUUGCAAAAUUGUAAAUUUGGAAGGAAAAAGAAUUUUAAAAGACAAGACUAAUAAAAGUGUUUUCAAUAAGAAUGAGCAGGAUGAGGUUAUUAAUGAUUGUAAAUCUUUAAUUUUAAGCUCAUGUUGUGAUGAUGACUAUAACAAGUUUAACUGGGAUACUGACGAAGAAAAUUUAAAAGAAAUACCCAUUGAUGUCAUUGUUAAUCAUGUAGAUGAAACAUGGAUUGAAUUUUUACUAAUUACUAAUAAUAAUAAUAACAAUAAUAAUAAUAAUAACAGCGAUAGUAGUAGUAGUAGUAGUAGUAGUAGUAGUAAUAGCAGUGCUAAUGAAAAUGACAUUCCUAAAAAGGAGUUAAAACAAAAGACUAAUGUUGGUAUCAAUAGUUUUAAUACGAUGGAUGACCAAGAAUUAGUUGUUUUGGUUAAUGGUGUCAUUUGGUUUAGAGUAACUAGUAGUAUUCCCAAGGAUUAUAAUGGCGAAUCAGUUACCAUUAGUGGAUUGGUUCCAUCCAGUUCAUAUGAUAUUCAAUUUGUUAUUAGAAAACAUUCUACAGGCAAGGAUUACUUGAUUAGCGAUUCUAUUAUUAAAACAAGUGUUUUGCUAGAGGAUGAGAUCGAUGCCACGUCUACUUCUUUAAACGGCAACUCUAGAACCAGUUCAAACGGUGGUGGUAAAGCCAAGAAGAAUAACAAAAACAAUGGCCAUGGUAGUAACAGUAGUGGCAACAAUAACAACGGACAACUUAAGACUCGUGAGUUGAACGAAUUAGAUUUUGUAACUGAUUUCAGUUUCCCAUCUUUUUAUCACAGGAAAUUUUUAUCUCCAUUAUUAACUUUGAAACAUUCGGUGUUAACUACAAAUACAAAUUUAAGGGGAGAAAAGUUGAAGUUGAAAAAGUUAAAAAAAGAUUUAGGCAAGAAACUUAAUUCUAUGAAACAGGAACAUGAGUUUUAUACCAAGAAAUUAAAACAUAACGAUGACCAUGAAAAAGAUGAUAACAAAAGAAAUAAUUCCAAGUUAGACAAUUUGAAUAAAACUAUUAAAGCCUCGACUCAAACCAUUCUAGAAUUACAGGACGGAUUGGACAAGAAAACAGAGAAUUUAACUGUUUUGCAAAAAAAAUUUGCUUUGAAGCAAAAACAAGUUGAUGAAGUUAAAUUGAAGAACAAAACAUUGGUGGAAAAAUUUGGAAUGGAAUUGUUUGAUUUAAGAAAGAUUUUGAAUAAAAAGAAAACAGUUUUAAAUCAAUUACAAAGCAAAGAAGCCAAAUUGCAAAAGAUUAAUUCUAAAUUAUUAAAUAAUUUAGAAAUAUUUUCUGAGGUUAAUCAAGCUUUAUAUUCUAAAGUUCAUGAAUUAAAUGUUUUAUUUUUGGAUAAUACUUAUAAUCAACAUGUUUAUCAAGUGAAUGAGUUAGAAUUGAAGAUUAAGGGGUUGGAACAAGAUCUUGUUAGAAUGGAGAAUGAAAAUGCCAAUAUGACUGAACUAACCAGGAGAAUGAUUCAAGUGUAA